UCAACAUCUCUUCAAUAAUAGCAUCAGAUUUCAAUAUGGACAUAUCGAAAUCUCCAGGUUACAGAGAUUUCGUAUGGGCAAUUGAAUUAAACCGCCCGAGCUUAGAAUUGAUAGGUUUAUGGCCUAAUAUGGAUGGAAUCGUUAAAAGAAGAUUUGGCUCUGAUAUUCGUGCAAGUUUUGCUUUCAUUAUGAUUGCAUUUAUUCUUGGUAUUCCUCUUGUACAUGCGCUUAUGCGAGUUUGGGGAGACAUGACAUUAAUGAUAGACAAUUUACGUGUUACAAUACCUAUGAUAACAAUUUUAUUAAAACUUGUUAUCAUGCGAUGGAAGCAAUCAGUGCUAUUAUCCGUUAUAAACAUGAUGAAAGAAGAUUGGAUAACGGUAAAGCUAAACGCAGAAAGAGAUGUAAUGAUGAAGCGUAUGCGGACUUCUCGAUUGAUUGUAAUUUGUGCAUACAUUCUGAUGGUAUCCGCGUUAAUUAUGAUGAAUAUACUUCCUUGUUUUGGCCUAUCGUUCAGACAUUUAACAAAUCUGACGGAUCGGGACAGACCGUUACUGCUGCAGACGUAUUAUUUAUAUGACACAGAUAAGAGUCCGCAGUUUGAAUUGACAUAUCUUACUCAAAUCAUAUUAAUGAUUCUAGUUAUAAUAAUAUAUACAUCGGUAGAUGCUUUUCUUGGAUUAGUGAUCUUUCAUAUCUGCGGUCAAUUGGAGAAUUUCAGAGGCCGGUUAGACAAUUUGAUUGCAAACAAAGAUUUCAAUAAAAAUUUGAGUAACAACGUAAUGAUUCAUUUACGACUUAUCAGGUGUGGAUUUUGA